AUGUCUGCUACAAAAAAUUUGCUCGCAGGUGAUACUACGAUAAUUGUAUUGGGUGCUUCGGGUGACCUUGCAAAAAAGAAGACUUUUCCAGCUCUUUUUGGUCUUUAUCGUAACGGGUUUCUUUCGAAGGAUACUCAUGUUGUGGGCUAUGCGCGUACAAAGAUGGAUUUAUCUCAAUUCCGUCAACGAAUUUCUCAAUUCAUCAAAACCCCGCAUGAAGAAAUAAAAAGACAACUUGUUGAAUUCCUUGAACUAUGCACGUAUGUUUCCGGUUCUUAUGAUGAAGAUGAGGGAUAUCAGCGGUUGAAUAAAAUUAUUGAGGAAUUUGAAAAAGAUACAUCUGGCGAUAAAAAUCGCGUAUUCUACAUGGCAUUGCCUCCAAGUGUCUUUGUGUCAGUAGCCAAGGGCCUUAAAAAGAAUGUCUAUUCAACAAAAGGUGUUAAUCGACUAAUCGUAGAAAAACCUUUUGGUAUGGAUUUGGACAGCUCCCGUGAAUUGGGAAAAGCACUGGCUCCAUUAUGGACGGAAGAAGAAACUUAUCGCAUUGAUCAUUACCUCGGAAAAGAAAUGGUCAAGAAUCUGUUAAUUAUUCGUUUUGCAAAUGUUUUCUUUGGCUCUAUUUGGAACCGACAUUCUAUCGCCAACAUUCAAAUAACCUUCAAAGAAACUAUCGGAACUGAAGGCCGAGGUGGCUAUUUCGAUGAAUUUGGUAUCAUUCGGGAUGUUAUGCAAAAUCAUUUACUGCAAAUUUUGAGCAUCGUUGCUAUGGAAAGGCCUGUUACCUUGAAUGCCGAAGAUGUUCGUAACGAAAAGGUUCGAGUUCUUCGUUGUAUCUCACCGGUAAAAUUGGAUGACACUUUACUUGGUCAAUAUGUCAAAUCAGAAGAUGGAUCUAAACCUGGCUAUCUAGAGGAUGAAACUGUUCCGAAGGGUAGCAAUUGUCCUACCUUUGCUGCCGCUACUCUUUGGAUUAAAAAUGAACGUUGGGAAGGUGUUCCUUUCAUUCUAAGGUGCGGUAAAGCAUUAAACGAAGCAAAAACUGAAAUACGCAUACAAUUUCAGGAUGUACCUGGGAAUAUAUUCAACAAUACGGCACCGUAUGAGUCUUUAAUUUUGGAUGUUCUAAAAAGUGAUCACUCAAAUUUCGUAAGAGACGAUGAAUUGGAUGCCGCAUGGAAUAUUUUCACGCCAAUUUUACACAAGAUUGAUCAAGCUAAGAUUAAACCACAAGCUUACGCGUACGGAUCACGUGGACCAAGUGGUGUGGAUGAUUUUGUUGCCAGAUUUGGUUACAAAAGACCCGCGCAGGAGUAUCACUGGCCGGAACGUAAAUAA